GCAUACGUUUUAUUUUAUUUGACGGUAUUUAUAUACAUUUACACUUUUAAUACAGCAUACACAAUCUAGUUGACCUCAGUAGCAGGUGAUUGCACAAUGCGCAUGCGCAGAACUACUAACAGGUCCCCCAACACGUGUCCUCGGCCAGGCUAACAGUCGCCAUGAACCGUUCAUUGUCCCCAAACAUGCUUCGACCGAACCUUCCCCUGAGGAAACCGUCAUCGAGCCCCAUGAUGGCUGCUCCCACCGCAGCGACUUGUCCGAGACUCCCUGGGCCCGGUGCCGCUUCACCUCUCCGCCUGGCUUCCCCCAUCACUGGAGAUGGUUCUGUGCAGUCACCAGUCAAGAGGAAUCAAUCUGCACUGUUUGGAUCUGUGCCCCCGGAACUGACUGCACACUUCUGCAGCUAUUGUGGUCAGCAAGGGAAUUUUCGAUGCAAACGUUGCAAGACGACGUCUUACUGCUCUGUGGUGUGCCAGACAGAAGACUGGAAGGCGCACAGACACAUUUGCAAGUCUAUUGAUCCACAACCUGCAAAAGAGAACCCAAAGGACAUCACAGCUCUGCCUGUUUCAAGUGAUCAAACCUGUCAGCUGGAUUUGAAGCCUGUAGAUGACACCAGCCUCCAGAGAGUGUAUUUAAAAGACCUGAAUAUGGGUAAAGUCAUGUCAGGAACAGAAAUCCAGGCAUCCUUUUUAGAGUUCUACAGCCCUGCCAGGUUUUAUGUUCUUGCCCAAAACCCUGAGCAGCUGGAAGCUAUGCGGAUUAUCAGUACAGAGCUACAGAAAGCCUACAGCUGCCCCUCAGUUACUACAUAUGUACCCUGUGUUGGCGAGGUUUGUGGAGUGCAGUUCUCCUGUGAUAUGAACUGGUACCGAGGGCUGGUCAAGACUUUGUCUGCUGAUCAGAAGAUGGCCAAAAUUCUUUAUAUUGACUUUGGCAAUGAAGAGGAUGUCCCUGUGGAAAGAAUCAGAACCCUGACUGCAAAAAUACAGCCAUUUUGUCCAUGUGCAAUGGAGUGCCGUAUUGGUGGAGUGGUGCCAUCAGCUGGCAGCUGGUCAGGCGAGUGCUGUAUGAUGGUGAGACAGCUGCUGACUGGCAAGACAGUGGCUGUUAAGCUCCUGGAAACAUUAGAGAAUGGACGCAUCUAUGCUGUGGAUAUUCUGCUUUCACUUGGAAACCGGCUCAGCACAUUCCUCAUUGAACAUGGCUUUGCAGUCGAGGAACCGUCAUCAGUCAAUGUAAAUCCAACUCGGCAAGAGAUAAGCACCAUGACGAAUGUGUCUUUAGAAAACUUCAAGCGCUGCUCCAAUGGGAUGGAUGACAACUCCUGGGCUCAGCCUCCUGAGCCACUGAAACAUGUCGUUGGUGACUCCUUUUCUGUUGUCAUCACCCACUUCCAGUCGCCAGAUGAAAUCAUUGUACAGAAGGUGGAACAUGCUGGUGUGAUUCAGCAGAUGCUGUUUAACCUAAGGGAGCAUUGUUGUCAAGUUACAGCCCCCCACAACUUCAGACCAGCACCUAACACUGUUUGCUGUGCCCAGUUCUCAGAGGACAAGCAGUGGUACAGGGCCAAAAUUCUGGCCUAUCCAUCAGAAGAACGCGUCUGCAUUGGCUACCUGGAUUUCGGCAACUCUGAGGUGGUGGAAGUGGGUUACCUGCGGCCUAUCAGCCCUUCAUUACUGGCACUGCCGAUGCAGGCUAUUCCUUGUGGUCUAGCAGGUGUGCAGCCUGUUGGUGAGAGAUGGUCAGAUAAGUGUCUGUUGGCCGUGCAGCAAAGAAUCUCAAACAGAAUACUGCGCAUUGACAUCCAGGGAGCUCAGGAGGGCAAGGCCCUGGUGGCCAUGGUUGAUGAGGCCAGUGAUCCUCAGGCCAACAUAGCUGAGCUACUGAUUUCUGCUGGUUAUGCUGCAGCCGUUACCAUUACCACCAGUAGUGACCAGCAGGUUGACCAGACUGUUAUUUCUGCAAAACCACAUGUGCCCGCCCCUGCCUGUGAGCCUCUGGUGUGGUCUUUCAGUGAAAUUCCCUGUGAUGGCCAGACAGUGGCGCUGCAAACCACUUUUGUGGCAAACCCUGGAGAAUUCUACUGCAGAAUUGACAGUCCCACAGACCAUCAGCGUCUGCUAGAUCUUAGGGCUGAGUUGAAGCAGCAUUGUGAGUCAGAUAACUCACCAUUUGAGCCCAAAGUGGGAGAGCCCUGUUGUGUCAUGAGUCCUGGUGAUGGAGUAUGGUAUCGGGCUAUGGUGAAAGCUCUGUCUGACAGUAGAGUGUCUGUGAACUUGGUGGAUUAUGGUUUCACCAUUAAAGUAGAAAGACACCACCUUAGACCCAUUAAACCCCAACUCCUCACUCUGCCCUUUCAGGCGAUUUGUUGCUGGCUCUCAGGUGUGGAGCCCCUGGGCUCAGAAUGGAGCAGUGAAGCCUUGCUGUGGUUCCAGACUUUGGUGGAUGGCAAGCAGCUCUCUGCACGCGUCCUUUCUGUCACUAAACAGGGUCAUGGUGUGGAGCUGGAGAGCCGAGGUUGUAAUGUGGCAGCUGCCUUGAUUUCUGAGCAACUAGCCAAAGUUCCUGCUGAAAUUCUGAGAGCGACGCAUGCAAACGCAGGAUCUGCAGCCGUCUACCAAGAGUGUGCAAAGGAAAAUGAGCACAGUCAUGGAAAGCCACUAGCCUCCAACCAAACUGGAGCCAAAUCUGAAGAGCUGCCAAAGGAAGUGCAAGCUGCAGUGCCAUCUGAAGCACCGUCUUUCCCAGUGGACUGGAAGACAGUGGAGCUGCCCCUCAACGAGACCUUUAAGCCGUACAUUGCAGCUGCCAUUAGUCCUUCCCUCUUCUACAUACUGGCUGCCAGCCAGGUAGACCAGCAGAAGCUUCAGCUGUUGAUGAAGGAAGUUGCUGCCUACUGUAGCAACAACCAGGCCUCUCUUUCCUCUGAUGCUCUGAGCAGACCAGGUCCAGGGGCUGCCUGCUGUGCCCAGUUCUCUGCUGAUAAUAACUGGUACCGUGCAGUGGUUUUAGACAUUGGCGAGAAUGAAAUGAAGGUAAUUUACGCAGAUUAUGGCAACAGGGAAACGGUGCCAUUCUCCCGAGUGUUGCCAAUCCCUCUGCACCUGCUGCAGCUUCCCUUUCAGAUCACUCGAUGCACCCUCACUGGUAAGGAGCACUUUCCUGUGGACUGGCCAGAGGAAGUGCAGCAGUUGUUUCAAAUCAUCCUCUCAAACAGCGUGCUGGCCAGCGUUCAGUCCUUUGAUGGAUCAGCUAACAUACUUUCGCUCACUCUACCCACUGAGAGUGGGGAGGGCCAUGUUUCUGCCAUGAUACUGGAUGCUCUACAAGCUCUUAACAAUAGAAAGACUUGUCCAAGCCCCACCCAGAAGCCCGAGCACCCGGACAGCAGCUCACCCUCUGCCAUCACUCCGGCUGAGCCUCCCCGUCCACUGCCCACACCUGAAACGCAAAAGGAGCAGAAACACCCAACUACCACCAGUCUAGUCGUCGCACCAGAACCUACAACCCAGACUCACCAACAGAUUAAAAAUGCCCCUGCAGAGAGUUUAGUCCCAGAAGCUCCAGCGCAGAAGACUGAGGCAACAUGCAGAAUGAGCACAGACAUCAGUGAUCCUCAGACAUCUGGCUGCCGUUGUCUUAGCCUGGAGAGCAAGAUUGAUCGUCUGGAGCAGCUGCUACAGCUGCAGCUUUCUCUCAUCAAGCAGUUAGCUGGACACACAAAAUAAGAUUCAACACAUACGCAUAAUUUGACUCUCCUUGUUUGUCAACUUGUUUUUGUUGUUCCAGAAGUUGCCCUGUUCAUUUUUAUUUUGUAAGUAAGAUAAUGCACCUUUUGGACAUUUGUGUUUUUAGCCCAUAGUGAAAUCAUUUGAACUUUAGGUUUUAAAUGUUUUGAGGUCGUCAAAAAAAAAAAAAAAAACUGUCAGGAAAUAAUCACUAGUUCAGGUAGGGUUGUUGGCCUUGUUCUUCUGUUUUGACACGUGUUUCACUCCAUAAAGUUCCGUGAUGGGAAAUGAAAAUGAUUGUGUGGAGGUGAUUUUUAGUUUGAAUGCAGAUUUCACACCA